CCCCACCACCUCCCUUUAAUACCUCUCCUCCUUCUCCUCGUCCUGCCUAUCCCACACUGCAUUCCUCUUUUCCUCUCUGGAUCUCUUCCUCCAGCCUGCUAGCUAGCUCACAGAGGCACGUUGAGAGAUCCUCCUGCCGUAGCAUCCAUGAUGAGCAUGAUGGCCGAUUUGAGCUGCGGAGCUUCCGGUGUGACCGUGAAUGAUCAUCAGCUGGCCGCUCCGGCUCCGGAGGACUCGGCGGUGGCGGGGAGCGAGAAGAUGGGGAGGGGCCGGAUCGAGAUCAAGCGCAUCGAGAACACCACCAACCGGCAGGUCACCUUCUGCAAGCGCCGCAACGGCCUCCUGAAGAAGGCGUACGAGCUCUCGGUGCUCUGCGACGCCGAAGUGGCCCUCAUCGUCUUCUCCAGCCGCGGCCGACUCUACGAGUACUCCAACAACAGUGUGAAAGCCACCAUUGAGAGGUACAAAAAGGCCAACAGUGAUACAUCCAACUCUGGCACGGUUGCAGAAGUCAAUGCCCAGUACUACCAGCAGGAGUCCUCCAAGCUGCGCCAGCAGAUCAGUAGCUUGCAAAACUCAAACAGUAGGUCACUGGUGAGGGAUUCUGUCAGCACCAUGACCCUGAGGGAUCUUAAGCAGCUAGAAGGCAGGCUGGAGAAAGGCAUAGCCAAGAUAAGAGCUAGAAAGAAUGAGCUGAUGUAUGCUGAAGUUGAGUAUAUGCAGAAGAGGGAAAUGGAGCUACAUAACGAUAACAUUUACCUGAGGAGCAAGGUGUCUGAGAAUGAGAGGGGUCAGCAGCCGAUGAACAUGAUGGCGUCGGGGUCGACGAGCAGCGAAUACGAUCACAUGGUCCCGCCGUUUGAUUCCAGAAACUUCCUGCAGGCGAACAUCCUGCAGCAGCAGCAGCAGCAGCAGCAUUACUCCCAGCAGCUGCAGCCAACUGCCCUUCAGCUCGGCCAGCAGUACUUCAACUAGUUUUGCUCCACACGCUGCAGGCAGUUCACACACGCUAGAUAAUACUGUCGCCGUGCUGUGUGCCUGCAAUGUCGUUGCUCUUCUACGGUGGUAUAACAGUAGUAACCGGAAUUUGUGGAUCAGGUGCAUGUGGUACUUGUAAUGUACUGUAUAUCUGUACUUGCUCAUGAGCAACUAGGUGCUGCUAGUCGAUCACCACACAAAGUGGUCAACUUCGGCGUGCACCAUUGCGUUGCCUAUCUUCCCCAUGUAUUAAUUAUUACCAGCAAUUUGAUUUGUGUACCAAAA